UCAAAACAUCACAAGAAGAGAAAAAAAAAAAGAAAAAAAAAAAAUCUCUGCUUUCUUAGUAGACCUUUAGCUAUGGCCAUCUCUAAGGCUCUGAUUGCCUCACUUCUCAUCUCCCUCCUCGUCCUCCACCUUGCCGAAGCUCAUCAAACGACGAGUAAUGAAAGCGCGGUGGCCGGUAACCUUUCGGAGAAAAUUGAUUGUGGCAGUGCUUGUGAUGCCCGGUGCCGGUUAGCCUCCAGGCAAAAGAUCUGCAAGAGAGCUUGCGGGACUUGUUGUGCGCGAUGCAACUGUGUUCCGCCGGGUACUGCAGGCAACCAGGAGGUGUGCCCCUGCUACGCUAGCCUCACCACCCACGGUGGUAGGCGUAAGUGCCCCUAGAACCAAGUUAUCUCUCGAUUACUGGUGAUGUGAUGGACGUACGAAUAAAAGUUUGUAACGAAUAAUCCUGUGUAAUAGGGUUGCAAAGGGUCAUGGUGUUGAUUGACUUGGGAGUUCGUGUUUUGUAAUUGUUGUAAUGUAUAAAGAAAAAUAAAACUGAAAUAAUAAAGGCUUAGUUAUAUU